AUGUCGCAAUCAUCCACCCAACCACUCAGUUCAGAAGGUGUCAAAAUUUCCAACACGACUGUCAAGCUCACGGAUGUGAAAGAAGACGACGUCGUGGUUUGCUCCUCCUCCUCCUCCGAAAAGGAUCCAGCUUUCAAUUGGUCCACUCUUGAUCCCAAUUCAUCGCUUCUUCUUCUCUCAAUGAGGAGUGCUCUUUCCUUGAAAGAAGAAGAAGAAAAUUCUUCGGAAGAACAACACAACACGUCCUGGAAUCUAAAUGCCGCCACCACCACCACGAAUAUCACAAGGAUGAACUCUAACAACAAGGAAUUAUUUAAAAUUUCAAAUGGCAGAAAAAUCAUCUUCUUUCAUCAACAAGACCCACAAAAACCCACAACCGCUGCAGGAAUUCUUCUCUUCAAAUAUCAUCAAGAAUUGGAUAAAACUCUCUUCCUGAUUGGGAAAGAACAUGAGAAGGGAUGGUGUCAUUUCGGAGGAAGAGUCGAGAUGGAAGAUUCUUCCAUUUCACAAACGGCUAUUCGAGAGUUGGAUGAAGAAACGUAUUUCACCUUUUCGAGAAGUGAUAUUUCGAAAAUGAAAUAUUGCAUCGAUCGAGGAUAUUGUAAAAGUUUUUAUCUCAAAUAUUCAAAACAAGUCAUUUACUUGGUGUGUGUGAAUCAAUGUCCACAUUUGGAUGAAUUCACAAAAAAGAUGGAACAAUCAUUGUGUGGAUGUAAAGAAAUUAGUGAAUUUAAAUGGGAUGACUUGGAGAUGGAUUUGAAAGAAUACAGACGAUUUUUUGGUGAUUUCUUGAAAAGGUAUAAACCACAAAUUUUGGAUUAUGCUGACAAGACUGCCAAACGUCUUCACAACAACACCAAAAAGAACAGUGGAAUUCCAAAUUCAAAUAAAUGA